AUGGUGCCGGUCGGUGGUGUGGGCUUUAAGUAUUGGCGUAAGCGCAUCAAGCCUCUUAGACCCUGGCUUAUUGGUCUCCGAAUUCCAGAAAUCAUAAAAGAGUUGGCUGACGUUGUUCCAUUUAUUUACUUAUGCUGCAAACUAUCCGUUGUUGAGCAGUCAUGGGCCACUCAGCCUGGAGAUCCAAAGGCAGUAAUAGUGAAGGAUAGAGAUGGCCGUUUUGUCGCUCAAGCAAGUGAGGUAAAGUUCGUCAAGGAAACUCAUUGUCUUGAACAAGCCUUCGGUUCGAUUCCAUGCAUACUGUCUGAUGUUCCUGAUUUAAGAGACUAUUCCUUUGGGGGUGACAUGAAAAAAAAAGGCCUGGGUAUUUCGUGCUCCUGCAGUAACACUGGCAUACCUCAGAUGAUUGAGGAGGAGCGAUUGAACGCUGACAAUGGUGUGGUUGUGGAAAGGCAGGACAAUUGUGCUACAGUAGACCAGUGGAUUCCCACUCAAAACGCCAGUGGUGAGACUCUAACUGGGCUUGCGGAGGUGGAAACGGAUGUUUAUCUGGAUACUUCGUGUAUCUAUUCGCACCCGUUGAGUCCCGAUGCCGUAAACACUCGGUCAAAUGGCGCACCACAUCGAGAGGAAAACAGCAGGGAUAGUCGGCUACUGAGCGAAGAUGUUGUUUCGGGAACCGAAGGAGAGCUUGACUGCCCUAAACGCCUUUCUUGCACUCCACCUGAAAAAGUGAUUUCCAACAGCGAUAUUCCGUUGUUCUGUGGAGACAAUUCACCCUUUUUAAAUGGUCCAGGUCUACGCACCCUGCCCGAUUUGAAUUCAGAUCGCCUCCGCCUUCUCGAAAAUCUUGCAAAUACUCCAGCUAUCGUUUGGUCGACUGAUAGGUCGAGCUUUCUUCACUGGCUUGGUGCGCAAGAGGCAACGGUUGAAGUAUGCUACCUUGAAGAGACUGUUCACGCGAUUGAUGAGCUGCAAGAGAUAACGCCUGCUCGACCAUUCUCAGAACACUUCAUUAACUUUGCCUUUUCAGAUUAG